UUUCCAAAUUCGCCCCCGCGCCAAACCAGAAAUCACCGUCUCUGUCGAAUCCCGUCUCCCCUCUCUCUCUCUUCUCUCUCUGUCUCUCGCCGCCACUCCGAGCCGAAGCAGCAGCCGCCGCCGCCGACGGCCGUCCUCCGAUCUCGCCGCCGCCGACCGGAAUCGUCCGCCGGAAGACCUGAAUCGAGCCGCUCCGGUAGAUGCUGGCUCGCUCGCUCAAGAAGGGGAGACGGAGGCGGAAUCGCGCGCGGUAGAGAUCGAUUCGAUCGGGAUAAUGAGGUCUUCUUCUUCUUCUUCUUCGUCGUCGUCGUCUUCGGGGAUGAUCAACAUCGCGGCGAGCGCGCAGAGGCUCGACGUCGACAAUCGCAUCGCGCUCCGCUACUACUUCAGGAUCGCCGAUAAUGUCCUCAAGCAGGCUAAUAUAUUCCGAGCGGAGAAUAAUAUCGUAGAUCUGUAUGUUAUGCUUCUCAGGUUUUCAAGUUUGGUUUCCGAGACCAUUCCUCGCCAUCGAGAUUAUAGAGCGUCUUUACAAAACAAGAAGGCUUUACUGAAAACGCAAUUUCUAAAUGCAUUGACUGAGCUGGAGCAAUUAAAGCCCAAAGUGCGACAGAUACUCGAUGAUUCUAACAGAAAACAGGCAAACCAGAUGAACAACCGGGGUUAUCGUAAUCAAAGUAAUUCUCUGGAAUGGACUCCUGUCAGAAAGCAGACUUUGACAAAUUACGACAUGAAAGUGGUAUCAAGACCAGCUUCUCAACUGUCAAAUUAUCGAAGUACAACGAUCCAGACCCCUCUGCAAUCCAGUCCAGUGGAUGAGCAAUUCCGCAAAUUAUCACUUAGUAUGGUGCGACCGAAGGAGGAGACUCUCUCCAGGCAUUCUAUUUUAGGGCCUAAUGGACUUAAUGGGCACUGGCAGCCACCUAGGAGUGAUAAAGGGGUUCAAUAUCCAAGCAACAUAGAUUUUACUCCAGUUGAAAUACCCAGGCUGCUACCAUCUGUAGAAGACAAACCUGCAUUUAAGAAGGACUCCACUGACUUGGAAAAGGAAACAUCCAGCUUGGAUUCAAAUCUCGGUGUUAACGAUGGCAACAAGGUGCCUCAAACUGAGGAAGAACCUCUGAUGAUCUCCUUUGAAACUACAGAAACAACUGUUCAAGCAGAUAUCAUUCGACAGCCAUCUCCUCCUCCUGUUCUGGCAGAAGUGCAAGAUUUAAUUCCAGGAGUGUCUCAUGAACAUAACGAUUUAAAGUGUGGCUUGGACAAGCCAGCAUCUGAUAAUUAUAUUUGUUCGGAGUCUCCCCUGCAGUUGCACAUUUCAACAGCAUUGAUGAAUACCUUUCUGAAACUAGCUAAGGCCAAUACUGACCGUAAUUUGGAAACGUGUGGCAUCCUUGCAGGUUCACUCAAAAACAGAAAAUUCUAUAUCACUGCCCUAAUUAUUCCAAAGCAGGAAUCAACAUCAGAUUCUUGCCAGGCCACAAAUGAAGAAGAGAUAUUUGAAGUUCAAGAUAAGCAAUCUCUUUUUCCACUAGGGUGGAUUCAUACGCAUCCUUCGCAGUCCUGUUUCAUGUCCUCGAUCGAUCUUCAUACCCAUUACUCAUAUCAGAUCAUGUUACCAGAAUCUGUUGCAAUAGUAAUGGCUCCAAAAGAUGGUUCGAGAACCCACGGGAUUUUUCGGUUGACGACACCUGGUGGCAUGUCAGUCAUAAGAAACUGCCAGCAGCGUGGGUUUCACCCUCAUAACCAGCCUUCAGAUGGCGGGCCAAUUUACAAGGCGUGUACAGAUGUUUACAUGAAUCCGGAUCUUAAAUUUGACAUCAUUGAUCUACGAUGACCAGAAUUCUCGCAUCAGAACUGGUAAUUCUCUACCACCGUGCAAUUGUCGAUAGCACAUAUUGAAUAUGAUGUCUUUUUUGUUUUGGAAAAUUCUGAUUAAGCCCAUGAUUGUACAUAAGACAGGAAGAGCUAAACUGUCCCGGUUGGCCUGUAUUGUGUGAGAAUUUGAUAUGAAGUCAUCUUGGAAGCUACUCCUUGUCACUUAAUGAAGAUUUUUUGUCUCUCAAUAUUGAGAAUACUGGCUCCAGCUAUUGGUUCCAUGGAGAUUUGCACUAGAGCUGGCCAUGGGUCUGAAUACAUCUGUCAAACAGAUGGGUCUAGUUGAACUUGGAUCGAGUAAAAAAUGGUCGGAUCCAUAUUGAUUCAUUUAAUUCAUUUUGAUACAUUUCUAUACAAUAAAAUUCUAGCUACUCGUA